AUGGACGACGAGAUGAGAAAACUACGACAGCCUCUCAUUUCUAGUAGCAGUGAGGACGAAAGCGAUGGCAGUGUUGACGACAAUGAGUAUAAUGGUCUCCUACCGCACCGGACGCAGUUUGACGAGCGGGUUGCACCUCGACGAAUACGUCGGCGUCGCAAGGACGAGAAGGAUUGGGGGAAAGUCCUUAAGAAAUUUGCAAUUAGUGUACAGACGCUUAAAUUGUUUCAAUUGAUAAGUAGCUGGAUGGUCUCGCUCUCAUCCGCAGUCAAACUUCUGGUGCCGCGCAGUACGAGCCCAUCUCCUGUUUCGCUGUCAAUGCAGAUGAAUACACACAGACGCAAAAUGGACGAGGUCUCAGAUCGGGCAUUGGCGUUAUUAGCGAUCACCACGCUGAGUUUCUGUUUUGUGCUGCUGUUAGUAGUAUAUACACACACGGCAUAG